AUCAUCAGCCUUCUUAACUCUCUCUUGGCAAAGCAUUUCCACACAAAUCCUUAAUUCUACUUCACAAUAUCUAUAAGCUAUGUACGACUAGAUUACUGCAACAACCACAAGCAUAUAAUAUAUAAAGCCUGCGAUCUUCUCUUUUGAGAUAAAAUUAUCGGUUGUGCAAUUGUUUGAAUUUUGAUCCCACUUUUGGAUUUCGUGGUGGAAAUAAAAAGCUCACUGUUGUUGAUGUUUUGGGUUGAAUAUAUAACAUGGUAUAAGAGCCAAUGUUUUGCAAGUUAUUUAAUUUAACACUCAUAUACAUCUGCAUUACACGUCGUGUCGCUCGAGUUGCGCACUGUUCUACAUCAGAUAUUUUUCUAGGGGUUGAAGAUGGAGGGAGUAAGAUAUUGUGGAUAUGUUUUUACUACGGCAAUUUAUUGUUUUAUGCUGCUUACAGUUGCUCAAGUUACUCAUCCUUCUGAAGUCUCAGCUUUGGUAUCUGUAAAAAGUGGUUUAAUUGAUAAUAUGGAGUAUCUGAAGAAUUGGCAGAAGGGUAGUGAUCCAUGUAUAUCAAACUGGACUGAAGUUUAUUGUUUUAACAAAGUUGGAACAGAUGGUUACUUUCAUGUCAGAGAGCUCCGUUUGAUGAAUAUGAAUCUUUCUGGAAGUUUAGCUCCUGAGCUUGGACAACUAUCCCAUCUUAAAAUUAUGAAUUUCAUGUGGAAUGAUUUGACUGGAAAUGUACCGGGGGAGAUUGGAAAAAUCAAGUCUUUGAAACUUCUGCUCUUGAACGGAAACCGAUUUUCAGGAUCUUUACCUGAUCAGCUUGGAUAUCUCUUGAACCUGAGAAUAUUCCAGAUAGACCAGAACCAGAUAUCCGGAAGCAUUCCUAAAUCCUUUUCCCAUUUAAAUAGUAUGCAACAUAUCCACUUCAACAACAACUCACUGAGUGGUCAAAUCCCUAAAGAACUUUCCAAUAUCUCCACUCUGAUUCACUUGCUUUUGGACAGUAAUAAUCUUUCAGGAUACCUUCCUCCUGAGUUUUCAGCAUUUCCGUCUAUUCGGAUAAUCCAACUUGAUAACAACAAUUUCAGCCGAUCCGAGAUUCCAGCUUCUUAUGGAAACAUUUCAUCAUUAGUGAAACUAAGUCUCAGAAAUUGCAAGUUGCAAGGAUCCAUUCCUGAUCUUAGCAGAAUACAGAACCUAAGCUAUCUUGAUCUCAGCUGGAAUCAACUGUCUGGAUCUAUACCACAGAAUAAGCUUUCCAACAAUAUGACAACUAUUAUUCUGUCACACAAUCGUCUUGAUGGAUCUAUUCCGAAGAGCUUUUCCUCUCUUCCCUCUUUGCAGAAACUGUCAUUGGAGAACAACCAUUUGAAUGGUUCCUUUUCUACCGUCAUUUGGCAAAAGAAGUUAACUUCAACUUCCAGACUUGAAAUUGAUCUUCGGAAUAAUUCACUUUCGGACAUUUCGGGUACUCUUGAACCUCCUCUUAAUGUCACUCUAAGGUUGCAGGGAAAUCCAGUGUGCAGCAAUGCGAAUGUAAGGAACAUCAUCAAAUUCUGUGGUUCUGAAGCCAGAGCAGAACAUGAGACAAGUAACUCGACGAAUGUAAAUGGCUCUUGUCCUAUUCAUGCAUGCCCUAAGGAUAACUAUUAUGAGUAUGUCCCAACAUCACCUGUUCCUUGCUCUUGUGCCUCGCCUCUAAGAGUUGGAUGGCGGCUGAAAAGUCCUAGUUUUUCUUACUUUGAUCCAUAUGUGCAUUACUUUUUGCUGUAUAUGACUAGUGAUCUUCAUUUGGACCUUUACCAAAUGUUGAUUGAAUCAAGUUCUUGGGAAGAAGGACCUCGUCUACGAAUGCACUUAAAGGUUUUCCCAGCAGUUGGGGUCAGUACAUUUAAUAAAAGUGAGGUCAUUCGUAUCAGCGAGCUUUUCUCAUCUUGGGAUAUCAGUGUAGUUGACCUAUUCGGGCCUUAUGAGCUCCUUAACUUCACUCUGUUGGGACCUUAUUCGUACUUGAAUCCUGAUAUUCAAGCUAAACAUAAAAGCAAAGGUGCUUUGAUAGCUGCAAUUGUAGCAGGUGUUUUUGCUGCAUUUGUUUCAACAAUUAUCGCUGUAUUAAUCAAAAGACAACAUGCCAAAUACCAAAGCAUCCUAUCAUCAAGAAAACGUUUAUCCUCAAGGCUCUCUAUAAAAAUGGAUGGCAUUAAAAGCUUCACUUUUAGAGAAAUGACAUUGGCCACUAACAACUUUGAUAUCUCAAAUCAAGUUGGGGAAGGAGGAUAUGGGACUGUUUUUAAGGGAAUUUUAGCUGACAAAACAAUCGUUGCUAUCAAACGAGCAAAAGAAGGAUCGCUACAAGGGCAAAAGGAAUUCUUGACAGAGAUAUCCCUGUUAUCAAGGUUACAUCACCGAAAUCUAGUUUCGUUGCUAGGAUACUGUGAUGAAGAAGGAGAACAGAUGCUGGUUUAUGAGUUCAUGUGCAAUGGAACUUUGCGAAACUGGAUUUCUGUUACAUGUAAAGAAAGUUUGAAGUUUGGAGCAAGAUUACAGAUUGCACUUGGUGCAGCUAAGGGUAUCCUUUACCUUCAUACAGAAGCUCACCCGCCGAUAUUCCACAGGGACAUCAAAGCCAGCAAUAUUCUUCUAGACUCUAAAAUGACAGCUAAAGUUGCUGAUUUUGGUUUGUCUAGGCUUGCACCUGUACAAGAUGAUGAAGGUGUAUUACCUAAUCAUGUAUCAACAAUUGUGAAGGGAACACCUGGAUACCUUGAUCCUGAAUAUUUCUUGACCCGUAAAUUGACCGAUAAAAGUGAUGUCUAUAGCCUUGGAGUUGUAUUUCUGGAAAUCUUAACAGGCAUGCGGCCAAUCUCACACGGAAAAAAUAUUGUUCGCGAGGUAAACUUGGCUCAUGACUCGGAAAAGAUGUUUUCUGUCAUGGACAGUACAAUGGGACCUUACCCUUCUGAAUGCAUGGAAAAGUUUGCGGCUUUGGCUCUUAAGUGUUGCGAGGAUAAACCAGAAGACAGACCUUCAAUGUUAGAAGUGGUCAGGGAGCUAGAAACUAUUCAGUCUAUUCUCAACAUGAUUCCAGAUACUGAAGCCCAUACAGUAGAUUCUAAAGCCAAGUUUAAUGAACCAAAGUCAUCGUCUUCAUUCUCUGAAACCACUAGCAGAGAUGCAUUUCUAUCAUCUAGUAUGACAGGAGGUUAUAGUAUCAGUGGUAUCACUCUCACUAUGCCUCGCUAAUAGUUGCUUAUCUUUUUGUAUAUUAGAAAAAUUAGUAUGUAGAAUAGGGUAUUACCACAUUAUGCCUUGCUAAUAGUUGCUUAUCUUUUGUGUUAGGAAAAUUAGUAUAAA